AUGGAGGACUUCGAGGACAUUGAGUUGGAGGAAAAAAGUUAUCCUCAAUAUGACGACCUCAAUUAUGAUGACCUAACGAUAGCUUUUAGUAGGUUAGAUACGGAGGUGAGGGGAGAGGCUAUGUAUGGUGAUGAUCCUAUAGCGAUAACCAAUCUUAAAAGUGAACUGGACUAUGUAAAGAAUCUCAUGGAGACACGUGCAAUAGUUUCUAGAAUUGAAGAAUCCUUGAAGGAAAUAAAACGUCUUAAGGAGCAGGAAACAACCUUUACUGAGAGUAAUGACGGUACAGUGAACAUUUCAGGUCCAUCAGGAAGCACAACCGUCCCAGGAGUCGACUUUGUGGAAGACCCAAACAAUGUACUUCCAGAUGUUCUAGAUGCAUUCAACGAAUCAUUUGACACUGAUUGGGGUGACAUAGAAGCCCGCCUAGAGAAACUAAAUAAGAUUUCAACAGCAAAUAAAAAGAGAGAUUUCGAAAACCAAGUGGAGCGUGUUCAAGCUGUCGCGAGAGUUAUUAAAGGUAAGGAGGGACUAAUACUAGACCCAAAGAAUAAAUAUGUCAGGGAACUCAUCAAACGAUCAUCUGUAAGAACACUCAAGGAUGGCACAGAGGUGUUGGUAUUUAGAAGUGAACAAGGUAUUAACAAAAGUGGGACACAAAUAAUGAAACGCGGUAAGACCAAGAUUCCCAUGUACUCAAAGGACUCACAAGAGGUACCUACGGAUCCCUACGUUAGAAUUAGAAGUGAUAAAUCAAUUUACGAGGAUACCAAAGAAGAGCCCCGAUUUGAUACCAGUGAUGAGGAAUACGCUGACCGUAAGAACAUUGAGUUAAUAUAUAUAAGUGCAAAACUAGGAGAUCUUCCAGGGCUAACAGUGCAAGAAAACAAUGAACUGAGAGGUGUUCUUAACCCACCUGAUGGAUCAAGCAUAGAAGGCAGAACAGGUCCCAAUGGAGCGUUACAAAUCCAGGCUGACUACUUUAAUGAAGCUAUUGGUGAAACCGUGGAACGCGCCACAUCUGCGGAAGGUACAACUGAGUAUAAUUCCCUUAUAGAAAUAAUUGACAGUUUGAAGGAAGCUAGAGAUCGAACCCUAGAACAGAGAACAGUAGAGGAAAGAAGAGAGGCACAACUAAAUGACAUUUCCAGAUUACGUAGAUUUAUAGACUGGGUAGGAAAGGAAAAAGUGGGACUUGUAGGGAUAGCAGUGUCAACAGCUAGUUUAAUUACAGCCUUACUAAUCCAUGCUAGGGGAGCCAUUGUGAAGACAGCAAAGGCCACCGGUAAAGUAGCAAAAGCAUUAGCAAAUUUAGCGAAGAAAGCAGGACCAAUUCUAGUUCCAAUUCUGAACACCAUCGCAACGGCGCUAUCAUGGGGUGCCAGAGGAGUUGCAUGGUUAGCAUCUAACUUAUGGGUAGUUGUUGUUGCUAUAACCCUAGUUGUUUACGAUUAUAACACUAAGUAA